AUGGAAGACGAUAUUGAUAUCGAAGAACACGAUGUCCUCGACAAUCCAAGGAUUAAAAGUAUCUUCCCGGACCUGUCCAGGGUGAAGAUUGAGAUACCUGAUGAGGAUGAUGCUCUUGUUGAAGAUCAAUAUGAAGUUCCGAUAGAGAAUCAAGAAGCGUUAUAUCAAUACGAAUACAGUUUUGGCAAUAAUGAAGAAAAUGAGGAACCAUUGCAUUAUGAGGAUGAAGAAGGGGAUGAGGAAGGACAAUCGUACUUUUUUAAUAACCAAAUUAUACUGGGAUCCAAACCCCCUGUUGAUUGGGAAGCGUUAAAAAUGGAAGCGUUAACUUCAAAUACUGUAGUUGAUUUAGAAAACUGGGGACCAACGCUCGAAGCGAGCCCUUGUUAUUGUAAUUCUUGCUCCAUACUAUUCCCAACAGUGAACGCUUUAGACGCCCAUAAAAUGAUUAGCCAUUCCUAUCUAGUAGCUAUGGACUUAUCCCCCAAGAACACAGCGCGAAAAAGCACGGUGCCCUCAAAAUAUUGCAACCACUGCUCCAAAACCUUCCCCGACGAUACAUCGUUAAUAAAACAUCUGUACGAACUCCUCCCUCUAAAUUUUCCCGUCAAAGAGGAGCCUGAAGACACAGAAACGGUGAAACCGAAGAAAAUAGCGGCACAGUUGCCAAAAAAAUUGAAAUCAAGCACACCGGUGCCGAAAAAAAUCAAAGUCGAACCGAAGGAAGAGGUUGAACAGACUUUGGAAGUUCCGAAAAGAAAAAUCUGUUUCAAAUUACCCAGAGACGGGAAAUUCUUUGCGUCCUCCUCACUUGUGCCUCGAGGGACGUUGUUUCAGUGUAAUAUUUGCCAAAUCGGUUUCAUAUCGUGCUUCGCUGCCUUACAGCAUAGUAAAUAUUGCGAAAAAGCACUAGCCUUCGACAAAUGUGGUGUCUGUAAGCGAAAAAUUCGGAAAAAAGACUCCGCUAUACACAGUCUCCAACAUCAGACGAAUGAUAAGUUAAAAAUUUACACCGUCAACAAAAAUAUGUACGACAAAGUACUAUGUAAGUGUCCGAAAUGUUUGUCCUGCUUUGAUGAGCUCGGUUUUUGGGCGCAUUACGGUAAAUGCAAGAAAUCUGAGAGAAAGUCGACGCGAUGCCCCGAUUGCGAUCUGCAUAUAGCUUCUACGAGAUACCAACUUCACCGCAUAAAGCACGCUUCGAAGAAAUUGUCGAAAAAAGAACUAAUCGUCAUUGAAUUCUUUGACCAUUCCGCGAAAGGCACGGUUGAUAUGCGAAAAACAGCUAAGGAAUUCAAGAAAAAGUUUAGAGAGAAGAUCAGACGCACACGGCAAGGCGCGGAUGUGGUUAUUUACCCCCAUGACAUACCGUUGUAUUACUGCGACGUCUGCGGAUGUUGCCAAUACAAGUUAAGCUAUAAAGGCCAUGCGAACGGCAUGUGCAGGACUUACAAAUCAAAGAAGUACUGCGAAAAAUGCGGUCUCUGUUUCUCAGCAAAAGGAAUUACGAGUCACCGCAGACUGCACGCCAACCGCUCAUUCCAAUUAAAAGACAUCAAAAUAUUCAAUCUGUCUAGCGGCCAAGUAAUGGAACCACCCUUACCAGAAAUGUACAGAUGCGAAAAAUGCGAAAAACACUUUCUGUAUUACAGGAACGUUCGCUUCCAUAAAUGUAAACAGGAGAAAUUUCUCACGUGCAAGGUCUGCAGUAAGAAAUUCAACAUCCAAGCUUAUAAGAUACAUAAAAAGUUCCACGGCGUCGACGAAUUGAUUCCGGAGUUAUUGAAAAAGUACAAUUUAAUUCAGACCACGUGGAACGUUUUGUUCAUGUGUCAAGCUUGUGAGAUCGUCAACAUGACAUACGAUGCAGCGGUUACCCAUUCCCAAGGUCAUUUAAAUUACGUUAUAACGGAUUUUCAUAAAAUGUGUUAUAAGUGCAAUUUGAAGAUCGCCGAAAAGGAAUAUCAUUCGCAUCAAAAUUUGCACGCGAACAAUGCCAGUUUGGACCGGGAAUCGUUCAAGUAUUUAAUAUACAAUCCGCAGGAUUUGUUCAGAAAAGAAUGGAUGCAAUUGUUCUCUGAUUUACCCGAACAGGAUCGGAGACAGAUUUUGAUGAAGAGUAUUUAUAGAUACACCCGAAGCGUUCGUUUACAAAUAGAAUCUACAUCCCUAACUGAAAAAAAUAAGUACUUCUGUAUGAAUUGCAACAAAUUUAUGGAUGGCCCAACAGUUUCGUCCCACAUCGCAAAUAACUGCGCCAAAAAUAAUGACAUCGUUUGCGAAUUAUGUCACGAACCGUUUCAAUCUCUAAACCAGUUACUAGACCACGAUGGGGAUCAUGAGAAAUUGAGUCAGAAAUUCACUGUUAUUAGUUUCAAUAAUGAAUGUGAUAAGGCGUUCAAUAGUCAUCUCAAAAUGCUCGAAUCCAAAACCCCUUAUCAAAGAAAGAAGCUUAAACAAGAAGUACCUUUAUCAAAGUUAAGAGAAUUAUUACUUAAAGAUGCGAACGCUAAAAAGGCUUUUAAACUAUACAAGUGUACAAAUUGUAGCACUUGUGUUAGCUUAAAGUCUAGCGUGAAUCGCCAUAACUGUGUGCCGGAAGGCGAAAGAAAAUUUUGUAAAACUUGUGAGCAAUAUUUUUCAGUGAAAAAAUUCCAAGUGCAUAUGGAAGCUCAUAGAAAGAGGCCGGAUAUUAGAAAGGGUAUGUUUCACGUCGUAAAUUUCGCUGGUAAGAAUAAACUUAAAGAUGAAGUUACUGCUAAGGUUUAUCAUUGCAAUUGUGGGCUACAUUUCACAUCAAUGAAAACUGUUGAGAAUCAUUUGGAUGUUUGUAAUAAAAAUUUAAAAGUUUCGAAAGAAAAGUGUAGUAAAUGUGAUCUAGUAUUCCCCACCGAUCUACUUGUAACCCAUAUUAUUAAUCAUCAUAGUAAAGAAACGAAAAUUAACAUCGUAAACGUAGCUAAACUUAAUUACUUUAAAUGUUAUAAAUGUUCGAAUAUUUUCGUCGACAUGCCAUCUUUUAAUGGACACUCGCUAAAUUGUGACGCGAAAAACGGUGUCAAAUGUACGAAUUGUAAACUAACAUUCGAUAAAAGAUCCCUACCGAAGCAUAUGGUAGACUGCGUUAAUAAAAGUAACGUUACUUAUAUAAAAAAGAUUGUUACAAUAAAGAAAAUCGUUAAAGAGUCGACUGUUUAUCGGUGCGAAGAAUGCGAUUUGAAUUAUUUAGCUAGAAACACGUUUAAAUACCACACGAUUGAGGCCAACCAUAAGCACAAAGAACCUAUUCCUUGUGACGUGUGUGGACUGAAAUUCACAAACUGUUCUUAUCAGAAACAUAUUAAAAUACACUCUGUUCCUAACGAAGACUACAAAAUUAAAGUCUUGAACGGCCUUACGAGACAAUUCUAUUUCAUGACUGGUAGUAAUAAGGUCGACAAUGAACCGUGGUCGCCUAAAAAACGUAAAUUGAAAACUAAUACCAAUGAUGACGAUAGCCCAACUCUGAGCAAAGUUCAGAAAAUUGACGAGAAUGUUCCAAAAAUUCGUAAAAGUCGGUCCAGGGGAGACGAAUCGUUGACUUCGAAUGAUGAAGAAAUGAUUAUUGUAGAUGAAAAUAUUACAAUUGAAAAAUCAGAUAAAAGUUUCGAAAAUACCUCAAAGUCUAGACGGAGCCGGUCCAAUUUAGACGUACCGUCGAAUUUGAAAGACGGCGAAGAUGUUCUCUCACCAGAACAGAGUCCUUCGGCUCGAAAAGUUGACCAAAAUGUCCAUAAAUCGAGACCAAGUCGUUCGAAAAUAGACGAGCCAUCCACUUCAAGAGAGCUAAUAGGUCCUGACCAUCCAGAUCACGCUGAAAGCGACAUUUCGUUAGACGGGUCUGGCAUAUCAAAUAAAGUUAUAUCAAAACUACACAUUCAUAAAUACACAGCGACGUUAUACAAAUGCAUAUUCUGCAACCAACAUUAUAUGAAAGAUACGUCCUUCGAUUAUCACAUUAAACAUCAUAAAAAAUUAUCCGAAACGAUAAAUCACAAGUGCGAUACAUGUGGGCUAGAGUUUUCUAAACACACUUUACCUAGGCACCAGUUUGUACAUCAUAAGAAAAUGGAUCUAAAACUGGAAGAUUUUAAAAUCCUCACCGAAUCCACUUACUCGCCUGAUGCCGAAAUCAGGACUAUGAUGGCCCACCUCCAAGCUAAAGAUGGGAUUCCUAAUCUAGAAACGACAACCGAUAGCGCUCAAAAUGAUAACUUAGAUGAAAGUCUAGAAUACAUUGACGUAGAAAAUACGGAAUCAGAGGAAAGUAAUGAAAAUAUGAUUUAUUUUAAAUGCUCCGAAUGUAACGUUUGUUUCGUAGAUGAAAAAAUGUGUUUCGAACAUACGAAUAAACAUGAAAUUAUGGAUCCAAAAAUGUAUAUACAGUGCAAAAUAUGUGAAUUCCAAUUCAUGAUCGAUGCUCUAAAAGAACAUAUGACUGAGCAACACAAAGACGAUUUUAAAAUAGACGGUUUGAUUAUACACGAAUAUUUACCUCAAGUAGGCUCGGAGCCGAAAAUUCAGACUUAUAAAGCUAUAGAUAAGGUUCAGUCCCGCUUAAUUAGUACCACUACAGAUGUAGGUAUAUCAUAGAAUUAGAAAUGUACAUAGUUUUGUAAAAACCUACUAUUUUCGCGGGUGUCGGUAACCGACCAACAACGAUGAUGGGAAAUCUCAAAGGUUAUCAAAGGAUAACCUUUGAGAUUUCUCACACAUACAUCAUCAGCCUAUAAGUGCCCACUGCUGAGCAAAGGCCUCUUGGGCGUUAAUUACGACGCUUGCUCAAGGCGGAUUGGUAAUUUCAAACUUAUAAUUCGAAU